UGGGAUGGUUUGGAGGAAACUGAUGCAGUUAGAAACAAGACAUGUCUCAGUUUUCCUCCAAAUGUUGUGAUAAUGAUGGAGCGUUUUUUUGCAGUGACGGGGAUGGAGUUGGGUCUUCUGCUGUUGAUGCUUCUGACCUUAACGGGAAACACAUCAGCUGUGCCUGAUCAGUUCAGUAGAGCAGUGGAUUGGUUAAGCAGGUAUGGCUACCUUCCUCCUCCUGACCCACGCACAAGUAAACUGCAGACCAAAGAGGGGAUGGAGAAAGCCAUUCGUGUCAUGCAGAGAUUUGGCGGGGUCCCAGAAACGGGGCAGCUCGACAAUGAAACUCUCAAGCUCAUGUCUACGCCUCGUUGCUCUCUCCCCGACAUCGUUGGAAGUGAGGACAUGCUGAAGAGGAGGAGGAGGAGGAGGAGAUACGCCCUGUCAGGCCUAAAGUGGCAUAAGACUGACCUCACAUGGAGUGUCCACAGCUACCCAUCGCCCUCCCUCUCACCCGGCCUGCCUAACACUUUAGUGGACAGCAUCCUGACUUACGCCUUCAAAGCCUGGAGUGAUGCGGCCCCCUUGACUUUCCGUCAGCUGAAGAUUGACAGCAGGGGGGCGGCAACCGGAGGCGACAUCAGAGUGACUUUUGCCCGCUUGCUUCACGACGACGGGUACCCUUUUGACGGGCAGGGUGGCACCCUGGCCCACGCCUUCUUCCCUGGCAGGGAUGAAGUGGCGGGUGACACACACUUUGACGAUCAUGAGAUCUGGAGCUAUGGAGGUCAGAGCAGCACCACAGACUUGUUCACAGUUGCAGUGCACGAGUUUGGCCACGCUCUCGGCCUGUCCCAUUCCUCCUCUGAUCCGUCCAUCAUGAGACCGUAUUACCAGGGUCCUGUGGGAGAUAUCCCCAACUUCCAGCUGGCCCUGGACGACAAGCUGGCCAUCCAACAGCUUUAUGGUGUGAAGGAUGGCAGACCACCAGGAGGUGGUGAUCCUGUCAACCCACGCCUGCCCAGCCCACCUCCUCCAAGGCCAACACAGCCGUCUGACCCCUCAUUCCACGAGCGCUGUCAGGGAGGUUUUGACGCAGUGGCAAAUAUAAGAGGAGAGGUCUUCUUUUUCAAAGGUGCACACUUCUGGAGAACUAAGCGGGAUGGAUCUUUGGUGUCCCUUAAUCCGGCUCAGAUCAAAAACUUCUGGAUUGGCCUCCCGCCAGGAACCAACAAAAUUGAUGCCGUGUAUGAGAGGAAGAGUGACAGCAGGAUCAUCUUCUUUAUCGGACCUCAGUACUGGGUCUUCAAGGACACGGUUGCUAUGAGCGGCUACCCUCGGCCCCUCUCCGAAUGGGGCAUGAGGACAAGAAGCGGGCAGCUGGUGGAGAGGGUAGAUGCAGCCUUCAUCUGGGCCCACAAUGGCAAGACCUACCUGUUCAGCAGCGGGGAGUUUUGGCGGUUUGAUGAGGGCCGUAGGGGUGAACAGGUGACCAGGCAGCUGGAGCCAGGCUACCCACGGGACAACAGCCUUUGGGGAGGAGUGCCCACCCACAUGGAUGACAUCAUCAGCUGGGGAGAAGGAGAUGCCUACUUCUUCAAGGACAACCUUUACUGGGUGCUAAAGAAUGGAGGGCUGAACCAGGAGGUCGUCAUUCCUAAAUCCACUGCUGUGGACUGGCUCAGAUGUCCAGCUCCGCCUGCAACCUCCACUCCUAAAAUCCCAAAGCAGUGCAACUGUGACUUGAAGGGAUCUUCAUCAUUUUUAAGAGGCAGCUGUGUCCUCCUGAUCUCUGUUUUAUUGGUCAUUUACGAAUUGAUUAGAAAAUAGAUACCAGAGUUUCUAGUAGUGGAGGCAGGCUGUUUUUGUAUCACUUCCCUUAUUCUAAUGGAGUGUAAUAGAGGCUCUUUAAAUAAUCAAACACUCACAGUACAUUACAACCCACAAGCUGGUUUCAAGUUACACCCUAGUGUCAUAAAAAUGUUAAAUAUCUGCCUUUUACUUUAGCAUAAGGCCUGUAUUACUGUAAAUAAUUUACCUUAUCAGAGCAUAUUGCUGACCGUGAAAAGAGUACAUUUUGUGUCCUCCCUCCAUCUAGCUAUUGAAUUUCAACCCCUCCUUUUUCGAAACUAAGUAUUGAAUUUUGUAGAGCCUCUAUAGGAGAAUGCAUGGAAAUGUGACACUGAGGGCUACUCCCUCAUAAUGGGGCCUUACCCAAACACCUAGUGUUUGGACAAUAAACAGACCACACAAAAACACUGAAGUGCCACAGUCAGAUUCUUUAUCAAAGGUCAUUUUUUAAAAUUCAAAGCAGAUUUUUAAAGAUAUGCAGUACAAAGAGAAAUAUGGUAAAAUAAACUUGCAGAUUGUGUUGUGGUUUGUUGUUGCCCCGUUUGUUUUACAGCUUUAUGUUGUACAUAACUUUUACUCAUGGACACUGGGAUGAGCAAGAAGAAAAAAUAACUUUUUCUUGAAAGUUGAGCGGAUAAAAUGUUUAUGCUUAUUAAAAGAGUUAUUGCAUCGGUUCUGCCAACGGAGAUGUGGACUCAGUUAAAAGCAAUCAGUCGUUUACUUGGUAAGAGUUCAAAGCACCGAACAGGAACUCAGUCAAACUCAGCACAAAGG